CGCUUUGGUGACCGUCUACAAGACAUGGCGGAGGCCAACUAUACGUUAUGCAGCAAUGUCAGUGAAUUCACCCUCAGCGGUAUUCCGAACUUGGAGAACUACAAUUUCUGGCUUGGUUUCCUCAUUGCCAUAAUGUAUGUCAUGGCGGUCGUAGGGAAUUCUACUAUUCUCUACAUCAUUAAGGUGGACCAGGAGCUCCACGAACCCAUGUACGUCUUCCUUUUCCUGCUAUCGGUUGUGGAAAUCCUGAUAGCCACCACGGUCAUGCCUCAGAUGUUGGGGAUCUUCUGGUUUAACCAGCGGCAGAUCACUUUCGACAUGUGCCUGACUCAGAUGUUCUUCAUUCACUUCCUAUCGGCCCUGGAUUCCGGGAUACUGGUGGCCAUGGCCGUAGACCGAUACGUGGCCAUUUGCCACCCGCUUCGAUACACUUCCAUCUUAACUCACCGAAACAUUGCAAAGAUCUCCUUGGUCAUCAUAUUACGAGGGGUGGCGGGGAUGACCCCUCUCCCACUGCUUAUAAAAAGGCUUCCCUUGUUUCGGAGAAACUUGCUGACGCAUUCUUACUGCCUCCACCAAGAAGUCAUGAAGUUGUCCUGCGAUGACUUUAAGGUCAACGUCAUCUACGGCCUGUUCAUCAUCCUCUAUACCAUGGGCGUCGACUCUCUGUUCAUCUCCAUCUCGUACCUGCUGAUCAUAAAGACGGCGGUGUGUCUGCUGGCCGAGGCCAGUCUGAAGGCCAUCAGUACCUGCGCCGCCCACAUAUGUGCCGUCCUCGUCUACUACAUCCCCCUCAUCGGCGUUUCUGUGGUGCACCGGUAUCCAAACGCCUCGGCUCCGUACCUUUAUAUCCUUUUUGGAAAUGUCUACCUCCUACUGCCCCCGGUGAUCAACCCCUUCGUUUACGGCAUUAAAACCAAGCAGAUUCGAAACAGGCUUAGCAAAUUGGUCAGUAAAAUAAUAAAGUCGGAGUAAAAUCUUGUUCAGGUUGAAGACUAAUGACGAUAUCGGGAACGUUGGAGAACAGAUUUUGUGAAAAGGAAGACAAUUGGAGGUCUGAUUCCAGGGAUUUUUUACCUCCUAAUUUUAUGGACAGAGGAAGGCUUAGAGUGCCCCUCGAUCUGCUGAGAUCCAAUCGGCUCUCAAAACCAGUUAAAGCUGCUUUUCAGUUGGAAGUGGAACUAAACUUUCUCGAUCAACUACUUGUAAUCCUCGUGCUGCUAGCAUUAGUAAAUAGAUAGGAAGGGAGGUUAUAGAUGACUUGUUUUCAACUAUUAAAUUUUUUCUACGUUUCUUCGGUUGCUUCCUGGAUUCUGGCCUAGGCCAAAGUGAUGUCCUACGUCCCAGGAGUCUUCAUGAGAGGAGGGGCUUUCUUAGCCGGGACCCGGGCCCUCAUGGCCAUUGCAAGCAGCCGGGUUACCUUACAAGUAGGACCGACUUCCAGGGCAGCCGUUCUUCUUA